GCGCUUCAAGCAGCGUCCAGUCCAUGUUACUGUGAGAUCAUUAUCAAAAACUGCUGCGGGACUGGCGAGAGGAGUGUGAAGGACUUACGAGAAAAUAUCCCGAACUCCGACUGACCAAAACGAGGAGAGAAGCUAGUUAGACAAAUCACUUUUCCAACACCUUGACGUCUAUUGGCGAUUCGGAAGCGUUUCGGUGGGACUUUGGAUACUAAAGGAUACUAACACCGUUUCUCUUCGGGUUUGUUUUCACUGCAGUGAAGCAGUUCCAUCCACCCCCAAGUCUAUGAUUUGAGAGGGAAGCUAUGCAGGUCUCUGACCAGCAACACGGCAGGGCAUUUUGCACCUUGGCUUGACAAAUUGCAUAGUUCAUCAGUGAGCGAUUGCGCAUUUGUUCAACACAGAAGGACCGAAUGCCUUUUAGUUUAGUUAACUUGUCGGUCUGAUAAUUCGAUCGGUUUCCCCAAAAUUUGUCUAUUUUUGAGCAAUCAGUUGACGCCAUUUUACUGUUUUAACUGCGUUUUGAAGCCGCGUCCACUUUGACAGAUUGCAGAAGGCUAUGUCAUUUCAAGUGGAAAUGAUAUAAUAGCUUCAUGACUGGAUGGAUUUUAAAUGAUACAUUGAAACUACCGACCCUAACGCCUUGUUUGAACACAACGAUCGGACAUGGUUUCAUCCUGGAAAAUCUGUAUCCUUGUUAGAAUCUCCAGAGUCAGAGAGCAAUAGCGCCAACAGACUCUGCGAUCCUCCACCUCCCCCCGCCCCCCACCCCACUGCCAGAGAGAGGGAACAGCGUUAGCAGGGGGGUGGUGGAACCUGGUUGUGCCCGAUCACACCCUGUCUGUGUCCCCCUAAAUUCGCCACCAGUAACCACGAACAACACGGUACUCGGGUUGCUCCACUGACAUGGAACAGAGGGAACUUGCACGGGUCGUCCGACCCAAAGGAGGAGGAGGAGGAGGAGGAAUGGGAAGUGAUGUCAUAGCCUCGGCCGUGGACUACUUCCCCACCGCCAGCACCAUCAACCGGGCCAUGCUGGCCGAGCUGACGGGCGGGGCCAGCCUGCUCUCCGCCCCCCUUAUCACCACCACCACCAGCAGCAGCAGCAGCAGCAGCUCCAAUGCUAACGCUGGCACCACCACGACCACCAACAAGCACCUACUGCUGCCCGAGGAACAGAGGGCGCAGCACGGGGAAGACGAGGACAGAGUGGGGGUGGUGGAUCAUCUCGGCCCCCUCGGCAGGGGCAGGGACGCGGACAGCGUGGACGUCGGCUUGAACGCGGACAGCGUGGAGCGAUGGCCGGCGGUGGCGCUGGCGGUGGCGGCGGGGCAUCAGCCGGGCGAGCUGCUGGAAGCCGAGGCCGAGGCGGACGGGGACGGACUGGAGGACCAGGAGUUCUCCAUCAAGGAGGCCAGCUUCCAGGAGGGCAGCCUCAAGCUGAAGAUCCAGACCACCAAGCGGGCCAAGAAGCCCCCCAAGAACCUGGAGAACUACAUCUGCCCACCGGAGAUACGCAUCACCAUCAAGCCGCCCGGGGAGCAGCGGCAGGCCAGGCAUGGGAAGAGUGGAGGAGGAGGUGGAGGAGGAGGAGGUGGAGGCAGCAGUGGUAGUGGCAGCAGCAAGGCCACCAAGGAGGAGGACAAAGUGCCCCCGAAAAAGAAGACAUACGAGAGGGUGUUCAGACAUGCUGACCAGAGUGACAAAGAGACGAGAGAUGAGAGACGCGAGAUGCUCAACGUCCACGGAGCACCCAUGAAACCAAAGCAUGAGCGGAAGAACAGCGACCACCAUCAAGUGGACUGGACGAAACCACCAGCGCCAGAGCCACUGUCCCGUGGACACGCAACAGAUUUGCAGACAAAAACAGACUUCCCAUGUGGUAACAACAGCAAGAGUUCUCAGUCCGAGUCCAACGCCACUCUGUCGAGCAAGCUUCAAGCCAAGAAGGGGAUGGAGGGCUCGCCUCUGGCUUACUGCGGCGGCACGGCAAUGCCUUUCCAGUUUGCCGACCCACAGAUCUCAUCUUCGGACAGCGUAGCGAUAGCCGCGUCUCCAGAUUCAAACAUUCUGAUGCAUUCUCCGCUGAGCAAAGACAGAGGACUGCAAGGUGUCACAGAGCAGGUGUUUGGUAACAUCAAGAGGAAGUACGGCAGGAGGGACCCAAUCAGAACCCUCGGUGGCGGGUGCCACAACAACGCCGACACGCUGUGGUCCAAGAAGGCUGAGAAAGGAAUGGACUUCGGAGGUCAAGAGAGUGCUAAAGAGAGGCACAUGUGUGGACUGGAGAAAGCGGAGGCUCAGAGUGUAGAGGUGGACAGUGGCAAUAAGAGGAUGGAGGAUCCCCACGAGACCAAGAGGUAUCCUUCGCCACAGCCGAUGGACGAAUCGAGACACAGGAAGAGGAAGAAUCGCAAAGUGCACGAGGGCGGGACUUCCUUGAACGAUGCACCGAUGAUGUCACAGGUUCCCGACUGGAACAGCAGCAAAGCUGAACAAGGCGGCCAGGAAUCAAGGGAGUUGAUGAAAGAAAAAACAGCAGAGAGGAGUCCCGUUAGAACAGAGGCAGACUCAGCCUCAGUGAAUGUGUGUAAGGUAGACAGCAGCACGAACAGGCAGAGAAGAAACCCAGUCGGUCGACCCAGAACGGUACAUGACCCGAGCAAGCCAACCGAAAGACGGCAGUCCAAAAUUAAGGACAGGUGGUCAUAUUUGAACAGCCCAAAUCCUCAUAAAGAAAGCUGUCCAGUUCUCUCUAUUGAGGACCCCCCUUCAGCCUACCCCAUAACACCAGCAAGUCCCCUGUACACCAACACGGACAGCUUAACUGUCAUCACCCCAGUGAAAAAGAAACGUGGUCGACCCAAGAAACAACCACUACUUACCGUCGAGACCAUUCAUGAAGGAACGGCUACAAGCCCAAUCAGCCCAAUUGCCCAGGACACGCUGGGUGCAAACAAGAGAAAGAGAACCCACGACUUGUCAGAUCUUGUAAAACUGGCCUUAAACAACCCCUCCCCCCCAAAUCAAUUGAAGCUCAACAAAACCAAUCACCUUGGUGUCUUUAAAAAGAAGUCAGUCAAAAAAAUGAAACUUGUUAAGAUGCAAAGCAUACUAAAUGAGCUCUUUUCAGGGUCUUGCGCUGGCAGCCUAGCCCUGAAGCCCAACGCUCCCGCAUCAAGUGCCGUGUCAACUAUGGCAUCGACAAUCGAGGCCCGUCUUGGCAAACAAAUCAACGUGAGUAAGCGAGGGACCAUUUAUAUCGGCAAGAAACGUGGAAGGAAGCCCAGAGCUGAUCUCCAGGCUCAGCGAGAUGAGCACAAGGACAAGCACCCAAGCCUGUCUGUUUCUAGCCAGUUCGAGAACCUCGUAGUGCCUUCUUCUAAUCCAUCGACAGCUACCGGGAUGCCUUCUCCAAGGGUCAUGCUGCCGCUGUCUCCGGGACGGGGCGGAAUGCUGUACCCUUCCACCCACGAAUCCAACCAGCAAGACCUGAAGACCAUGCCAAAUUUACAGCCUAUCAGUGCUUUGCCCGCGAAGGCCCCCAGAGGAUUGCUUAGCGGCAACUGGAAGCUUUCGCCCCCGAGACUUCUGGCGAACUCGCCGUCCCACCUGUCGGAGGUGGCGUCAGUCAAAGAGGUCACCCUGUCCCCCAUCAGCGAGUCACACAGUGAAGAGACAAUCCCCAGCGACAGCGGUAUCGGCACUGACAACAACAGCACAUCGGAUCAGACCGAGAAGGGGCCGGCGUCUCGCAGGAGGUACUCCUUCGACUUCUGCAGCUACGAGGCUGUGGAAGGAGGAGGAGCUGCACUUGACCCUUCUGGCAAAGCGAUGAGAGGGCACUUCCCGAAAUCCUGCAUAUCGGCGGCCGCUGUCGAGAAAUUCCUCGCUCAGGAAAGCAUGAAGAAGCAGAAGCACCGGCGAAAGCGCAAAGGCCUCCAGAGAGGCGAUGACAUGCAGUUCCUCGCCAGCCUGGAGGAGCUGAUCACCAAGUUCCAGGUCUUCAGAAUCUCCCACCGAAGCUACAAUUUUUACCGAGAGAAUUCCUAUCCCAGCAUCUUUCGCGUCAACUUUGACCACCACUAUUACCCUAUGCCAUACCUUCCUUACGACCCUGUGCACUAUCUUCGUCGAAAUUCGGAGAAAUCAAAGAAGCGGCGAGGCAGGCCGGCCAAAUCAAACGAGCCAAUGAUGCGGAUGCCUUUCAUUCAAGGGUUCGGCUACCCUAUGCCUGGCGGCAACUACUAUGCACCGUACGCAAUGCCUUACACAUCCAUGCCUCUUGCUACUAGUAUGAUGAACAUGGGCUACUAUGGCCAGUACCCCCCGCCAUUUUACCUGCCCCAUGGACUGGGGGCGGCAGCGUCGCCCUUCAUGAGGCCUCAGAUCCCUCCCCCGAAAUUUCAUUCUGGCGCCUACCCCAAACUCGCCACUGUAAACAGGCACAGAGCGAAAAGCAUACCCCACACCGGGCCCUCAAAGGGACUGGGUGACCCACAGCCUGCGUACAUGACCCUCAAAGGAAGUAACAACAGCUUGGCGAGUGUCUGCCUCCUGAAACGCAAACACAAGCACAAGCACAAACACAAGGACGACCAGUACUCCGUCUCAGAGACGGAGGACCUCGGAGGACUUUUCAGCGGCACCAACAACCCCGCCUUUCGCAACCUUCUCAACGAGAGGAUGGAGAAGGACUCCUCUCUGGCCAAGCUGAAGGAGAAGCAGAGGAACCAGCAAAGCACAUCAGACGCCCUGUCCAGAAAGCCCAGGAACUUUUUCGAGGUGGACCCACUCAGCACGUUGUCCUUGUCCGAUGCGCAGCAAUGCAAGCAGCGUGUCCGAGGAGGAGGAGGAAUAGGCGGUGGGGGAACAACAACCACGGACAGCUUCCGCAACAUGUGUGCUCGCCCACCGUUCACCUUCUCCCGGCCGGGCCAGGAGGGGCCAAUGGAUCUGUUCGCACAGCAGCGCACGUGUGACGAUGCGCUGGCGGCAGCGGCAGCGGCAGGCCUGCGGAACCAAAGGCACAGCUUUCCCGGUUACCGGACCUACAGAGAGGGAAGCUCGCUGUCAUUCCAGAGUCUGAGGCCAGAGGAGACCAAACAGCUGUUCCACGGGUCAAGUUCUGCACUACCAGAUCCCGGUUCUUCGGUGAAGAGGCGGUACAAGCGCAAGGAGAUCGAGGAGAUCCAGUGCAAAGUGCGCAAGAUGCGCGCCUUCUCCAAGAUCCUCAACACCAAGAAGAACCUGGACCACGUCAACAAGAUCCUGCGGGUCAAGAGGCUGCAGCGGCAGGCCAAGACCGGCAACAACUUUGUCAAGCGCCGGCGCGGGCGACCCAGGAAGCAACCUCUAAGCCAGGAGGAGGAAGAUGACGACGACGACGAUGAUGAUGAUGAGGAAGAAGACGACGAUGAUGAGGAGGAGGAAGAGGAGGAGGAGGAGCAGGGGGCCCAGAUGCCCGUGCUGGAGAAAUGUGUGGAUUUGCCUGGGAAGAGGGGCUCGAUGCCGGGCAGUAGCCUGGUGCCAGAGCCCCUGGAGUUCUCCAACCAUGACUCCAUCAUGGAUGCCAUCGAGUCUGUGGUACACAAGGCACGGCUGCAGCCCAACAAGGGCCACCACUUCCAGGGGGCAGUAGUAGGGGUGGGGAUAGGAGGAGGUGGACACCCCACAGGGCUGGCGAGCAAGCAGUGGCAGCGGGCCUCGGAGGAGUUCUUUGCCCCUGACAGGCCACGGAGGAACCGAACUGGUGGUCGAAAGGAAGACGCACUCCCAGCUUUCCCUUAACAGACCGUCACAGAGUGGACACUUGUCAGGACUGAGUGGCUGGGCACUUAUGGGAUUUUGUUUUUGGGAGUCAGUUUUGCACUUUUUUGGGUUGUGUUUUGUUUGCUUUUUUGUCUUUUUGUGUUUUUUUAUAUAUGUUUACUUCAUAAACAUGUGGGCAUUCUUCUCGGCAGAAUCCAAUGAAAGAAUACGGUCAAAUGUGGGUUUUUAUUAUUAUUAUUAUUAUUAUUAUUAUUAUUAUUAUUAUUAUUAUUAUUAUUAUUUCAUACCGAGAAGUAGUCGGACUUGGGUGGACUCAGCCAUGUAUUCCCUUUGUCUCCUGGAGACCAGGCCCUGCUCAACCACGCACUACCCUCCAAAGCCCCACUUCAAACUGCAGUAAUAAAACUUUAAAAGGUUUUAUAUCUGUGGUUCUUGCCAUAAACCAGCUAGUGUAGAUAAUAGCUUUUUUUUACCAGUGCUGCGUAGGUCCCUACCUUCCCCACUUUCCCACCCCCACCAACUCCAUUGUUUUGUAUUCUAUCCGACGUAAAGCACAGUGGUUUCAGUUCAGUUAGUGUAGAUUGUCCAACUGCAACUCCCCUACCCUUCUUUCUAUGACUCCUCCUCCUCAACGUAAGCUUACGCUGUUCGGGGAUCUCCCUGGCCUGGACUAAAAACAAAUGGCCGUACUUUGGAAUGGAGCUACUUUGAACUUUUUUUCUUUCAUUCCAGUGAGUGCUGACCUACAGUUGUACAUAAAACAAAAUGAAGCAAGACAACAUAAGAGAAAUCCGUCCUCAAAAAAA